CAGACAGGUUCGGCGGGCGACCCGGUUGAUGGACCCAGCAGAAGCCAAAUGGAAGAAGGGCCAAUUAAUUAUGUCGAAGAAAGGCGGCUGAACGAGGGCAGCGGGCUCAGCCUGGCAAAUGGGGGCCGGCCGGAGGCGGGGGGCACCGCACUGAUGGAGCCGAGCGGCUGGUCGCCGGGCCAGCCGCCCGCCGCUGGGAAAGCCCACUUGGAAGACGUCAGGAACCUGGUGGCCUUUUCGGCGGUGGCUGAAGCUGUUUCCUCCUACCGGCUACCGCCCCCGGGUUCGCCGUCACUGCUGUACGAGAAGUUCGACUCGGAGAUGAGCCAAGGUGGGCUGAGCGCGGCGGACGGCGUGCCGAGGGGGGAGGACCUGCACGCCCUCAAGGCUGCGCUGGCUUUGGCCAAGCACGGCGUGAAGCCCCCCAACUGCAACUGCGACGGCCCCGAGUGCCCCGACUACCUGGAAUGGCUGGAGCAAAAGAUCAAGACAGCUCUCGGCGAAGAGCCGGCAUCGCCGCGGCCCUGUGCCACCGCCAACCCCCCGCCACCCCCCCAGGAAGGUGCUAUCGACCCCCAGCCGGUGCCUGAGACCGCCGAGCUGUGCCCGCCCGACGGCCUCCCCUUUUCCCAAAGCGCGUUGACCAUCGCCAAGGAGAAGAACAUCAGCCUGCAGACCGCCAUAGCCAUCGAAGCCCUGACGCAGCUCUCGGCCGCUCUCCCCCAGCCGGCUGCGAUGGCCAGCCCCCGCCGCCGCCCCCCCCGCCCCCCCCCCGCUGCCCCCUUCGGCCCCGGCCCCCUCGCCCCGCCGGGGGCCGUGUGGCAGCGAGGGGAUGAGCCCCGUUACCCGCCGGAGCCGCGAGCAGCACCGGAGCCAUUUUUUGGUGCAGCACCUCCUCGGGGGGGCUUCGCGACGGCGUGGGGGCUGGAGGCCGAGGGGGCGGCGGGGGCUGGAGACCCCAUGGCAGAGCUGGAGCAGCUGCUGGGUAACGCCGACGACUACAUCAAGGCGGCUUUCAAGAGACCUGAAGCGACGGCUGGCAAAGUGACAGCGCCUAAAACAGAGCCCCCCGAACGAGUCCCUGGCAAGGAGGUGCCGGCAAGCCCCCGUUCGCUGCCGGCGCCGCCGGAGCCUGACCUGCACAAGAAGACACAGCUGGUCCUGCAGCAGCAUCUCCACCACAAGCGCAGCCUCUUCCUUGAGCAAAGCCUGGCGGCGGCGGCAACAACACCCCCAGAUCGGCCGAGUGGCUGGUGGGCUCCCGGCGCCCCAGCCGUGCCCCCCAAGCCCUUCGAAAAGCAGGCCAAAGAGAAGAAGAAGAAAACGCCGCCCGAAAAGCCCCCCCUGGCCAAACCGCUCCGUAAACAAGUGCAGAUCAAGAAGGCAAAGCAGAAGGACUCACAGCCGCUCUUCCUGCCCCUCUGGCAGAUCAGCCUGGAGGGGUUUCGGACGCCCGCCGAACCCCCCACCGAAGAGAUGCAAACCGAACCGCCGCCGCCGCCUGCCUUCCCGCUCCAGCCUCUUGCACUACCCCUGCCCGCCGCUCGCCCCCCCGCCACCCAACCCCCUCGACGGCGGCCCCCCGGCUCCCGACUCUCAGGAAAGGGGUGCCCCCGGGGGGGGCCCCCAAAUUCACCCGGCGCCGGUGGGCUCAACCGGCUCAGAGGAAGCACCGGCCGCCCCCCCGCCGGCCGCCCCCACCCCCAUCAGGUGGAUGACAAGCUGGAAGAACUCAUCCGGCAAUUUGAAGCUGAAUUCGGGGAGAAUUUCAACCUGCAGCCCCCCGAGACACCCACCCCGCUCGCCCCCGGGGCUGCCGAGCUGCCAGGGGGGCCAGAACCAGCUCUGCAAGUGCCCCCCACCGCCGCCUCCGCCGCCCCGGCUUCCAGCAGUGCUUCCCAAGCCGGACCCAAAAGCUUUUCAUUCUCACCGGGGAAGGGUCCGCUUUCAGAGUCCCCCUUCACCGCCCGGUCCCCUAAACAGAUCAAAAUCGAGUCUUCUGGUGCUAUCACUGUGGUGUCCACCACGUGCUUUUACUCUGAGGAAAGCCAAAACCCGGACGUGGAUGAUGCCGACGGGACACCCACCAAGGACGAGGUGCCGCUGACGCCGACCCUGAGCGGCUUCUUGGAGUCGCCGCUGAAAUACCUGGACACACCGACCAAAAGCCUCCUGGACACCCCGGCCAAGCGGGCGCAAGCAGAAUUCCCCACCUGCGACUGUGUCGAGCAAAUCGUGGAGAAGGACGAGGGGCCGUAUUACACCCACCUGGGCUCGGGGCCCACUGUGGCGUCCAUCAGGGAGCUCAUGGAGGAGCGGUACGGCGAGAAGGGCAAGGCCAUCCGCAUCGAGAAGGUCAUCUACACGGGGAAGGAGGGGAAGAGCUCCCGGGGCUGCCCCAUCGCCAAGUGGGUGAUCCGGAGACACAACCAAGAGGAGAAGCUGCUGUGCCUGGUGCGGCACCGGGCCGGCCACCACUGCCAGAACGCUGUCAUCAUCAUCCUGAUCCUGGCCUGGGAGGGCAUCCCCCGCACGCUGGGCGACACGCUCUACCAGGAGCUCACCGACACCCUCACCAAGUACGGCAACCCCACCAGCCGCCGCUGCGGCUUGAACGAUGACCGGACCUGCGCGUGCCAAGGCAAGGACCCCAACACCUGCGGCGCUUCCUUCUCCUUCGGCUGCUCUUGGAGCAUGUAUUUUAAUGGCUGCAAAUACGCCCGGAGCAAAACUCCCCGCAAGUUCAGGCUGGUGGGAGACAAUCCCAAAGAGGAAGAACUGCUCCGGAAAAGCUUUCAGGACUUGGCCACCGAGGUUGCUCCGCUUUACAAGAGGCUGGCGCCGCAAGCCUACCAGAACCAGGUUACCAACGAGGACGUAGCGAUAGACUGCCGGCUGGGCUUGAAGGAGGGGAGGCCGUUCUCCGGAGUGACGGCGUGCAUGGACUUCUGCGCUCACGCUCACAAAGAUCAGCAUAACCUCUACAACGGCUGCACGGUGGUCUGUACGCUGACAAAGGAAGACAAUCGCGUGGUGGGGAAAAUCCCUGAAGAUGAGCAACUGCACGUCCUCCCCCUCUACAAGAUGUCCAGCACGGAUGAGUUUGGCAGCGAGGAGAACCAAAAUGCCAAGGUGGGCAGCGGUGCCAUCCAGGUGCUCACGUCCUUCCCCCGGGAGGUCCGCAAGCUGCCCGAGCCCGCCAAGUCCUGCCGGCAGAGGCAGCUGGAGGCGAAGAAAGCCGCCGCGGAGAAGAAGAAGCUGCAGAAAGAGAAGCUGAUGACGCCAGAGAAGAUCAAGCAGGAAGCGCUCGAGCUCCCCGCGCUCCAGCAAAAUGCAGGUAUGGCGUUGAAAAGCGGGCUGCCCCCGCAGCCGCUGAAACCUUCCAUCAAGGUGGAGCCACAGAGCCAUUACAACGCCUUCAAGUACAACGGCAACGCGGUGGUGGAGAGCUACUCCGUGCUGGGCAGCUGCCGGCCCUCCGACCCGUACAGCAUGAACAGUGUUUACUCUUACCAUUCCUACUAUGCACAGCCCAAUCUGCCUUCCGUGAACGGGUUUCACUCCAAGUUCGCGCUUCCCUCCUUCGGGUAUUAUGGCUUUUCCAGCAACCACAUGUUCCCCUCGCAGUUUCUGAAUUACGGGGCGCCCGAAAGGAGCGGGAGCAGCUGGGUGAGCAACGGCUACGAGAAGAAGCCCGACGUCCCGGCGUUGCAGGAGAACCUCAGCCACACCUAUGGGAAUGCCGAUUUCCCCGAGCCCAUCCCUCACAGCGUCCGGAGCAAAAACCAUCACCAGCGCACCUACGAGCGGGCUAACCGCUACCCAGCCAGCAGAAAGCAGCGGGUGGCGGCGGCAGCCGGGGCGCACAGGACUAGCUCGGGCUCGGAGGAGGCAUCCCCGUUUGCACAGAACUGUUUCGGCAGCCGGCCCAUCAAGCAGGAGCCUCCGGACCCUCCGCCCCCCAUCGAGCCCCUUCCCAGCGUGGCGGCCAUGCCCAGCACCGGCUUAGCCCUACCGGCCAUCCCGGCGCGCAGCGGGGCACCGGAGCAGCGGUGGAGCCCCUUCAAAGUGUCCCGGGGCACGUCUUCCCCCGAGAGGACUAGCACGGUGGAGGGCUCGUGGAGUGCCCUGGUGCCGGGUUCGGGCGGGCGGGAGAAGCCGAGCGCCUUCGAUGCUGCCGUGCGCUUGCCACCGCCGGAGAAGCAGUGGCCCAACCUCCUGGUGGGAGAGCGGGCGGCAGCGGCACGUGGCUCAGGCUUGCUGCCGAAACCGUGGAGCCCCUGCAAGCUGGGGGAGGCGGCGCUGGCUGGCACGGGCACCUCGAGCCUGCUGGGGCCGCUGGGUUUCAGCUCAGCCCUGCCGGGGCUGCCCAGCUUCCCCGAGGAGCCGUGGGGCUCGGUGAAGGCGGAGGAGCGGAGGACGCCGGCGCCCAGCCUGGGGCUGCCAGGGAAGCCGUGGGAGGCGGUGGUGGGUGAGAAGGGGGCGGCGGGUCCCCACCGGGAGAAGCCAUGGGACCCCUUCGGCCUGGAGGAGGAUCUGCCGGAGAAGGUGGUGAAGGAGGAGGAGGAGGAGGAAGAGGAGGAGGAGGAGGAAGAGGAGGAAGAGUGGUCGGACAGCGAGCACAACUUCUUGGACGAGAACAUCGGCGGGGUGGCCGUGGCGCCUGCCCACGGCUCCAUCCUCAUCGAGUGCGCCCGCCGCGAGCUCCACGCCACCACCCCGCUGAAGAAACCCAACCGCUGCCACCCCACCCGCAUCUCCCUGGUCUUCUACCAACACAAGAACUUGAACCAGCCCAACCACGGCCUGGCGCUGUGGGAGGCCAAGAUGAAGCAGCUGGCGGAGCGGGCUCGAGCCCGGCAGGAGGAGGCGGCACGCCUGGGUCUCCCGCCGGACGCCAAAGCCUUCACCAAGAAACGCAAGUGGGGCGGCGCGUUGGCCAACGAGGCGCCCAGCAAGGAGAGGAGGGACUCGGUCCCCACGCGGCAAGCGGUGGCCAUCCCCACCAACUCUGCCAUCACUGUGUCCUCCUACGCCUACACCAAGGUGACGGGCCCGUAUAGCCGCUGGAUCUGAGACGGACGCAACCGCCGCAGCCCCAUCUUACCUCAACCCUCGGCAGCGCCGGAGCCCGGCGUUGCUUCGUGGUGCUUUCUCCUCGGGCAUGGGGGAGAAGAAAAAACAAACAAACAAACAAAAAAAACCCAACAAAAAAAAAGACAAAACCGAAGCAAAACACAACAACAAACCCAAGCCACAGAAAGCGAACCCAACACGCACGCUCGGAAACAGCGGAGCUGGUGCGGGCGCACGCCGUUGGAGGGCUGCGCUUGGCGAGGAGUUGGCAAAAAAAGAAAAACUCGAUAAAAAUCCCAUAGGAACGAUGCUGUUUGAUGCUUUUCGGUAAUCUCAUAUUUAUAUCUCCGUGUUUUUUUAAUCUAGCCUCAUGCGCCGCGUGAACGGAUGGAGAAGUUUAUAGCAUCCUUUCGCAAAGGAGAGGUUUUUAAUUCCACUUAAAAAUGCCUAUUUAUUGGAUUUUAUUUUAUUUUUUACUCUUGACGACAACGACGAAGCCGAUCUUCGAAAAAGAAACCAACAUCGAAAAAAAUAAAUAAAAAAACCAACAAAAACUCCUAAACGCAAAUAAAAACCAAUCCAAACACCAAACCAGCUUAGAGGCAAGAGGUGACUCCCUCCGGCUCCGAUGCGUGGGGACUGGCGGGGACCGUGUGCUUUACCGUCAGCCGGACACGCGGAACAUCCGAUUAUUUUUUUUCCAAGGACCUAAAAAUACCUAUCUUGCAACUUGAGGAGUCCUUUCUUACAGCGAUGGGAGACCCGCUUGCUCGCGGGACGUCCCGGGAUGGCGCGUCUUCACUCAGCUCCUUGCCGCCUGUGGGAUCGGCUCUGCCGGGACGGAGCGAGCCGGCGUCUUUCCCGGCGCCGGAGACCUCAGGACAUGUCCGGGCUGGGGACUGCCGCUGCCGGGGUGCUGUGCUCAGGCUCAGACUUGGGGGGGCUCCUUUGCCGACGGCCCUGGGAAGAGCGGUGGCGGCAGCGGUGGCAUCUCUAAAGAGGAGCCGACAGGACAAAAACAGAAAUCAAAAAAAAAACAAACCACAAAAACAGGAAAAAAAACACAAACCAACCCCAAACUGUGAAUAGCUAGUGUUGCUCUCUGUACAUCACUGUUGCUAAAGUCUGGUGCUUUCCGUCUCCGGGGGACUUUCUCCGUGCAAUCGGCUCUGGGAAGAGCGAAUCCCAAGACUUGGCUGGCCAACACCCCCCACCGGUCCGCCUUCCCUGCCGGUGCCGGCGAGCUGGCGUGGCGGCACGUGCCGCCGAGGCUCGGUGCUUUUUCUCUCCCCGGGUGCCAUCCCUCCUUCCUACGGAUCGCCGUUCUUCCCGCAAAAAAACCCCACAAAACCAACCACCACACACACACACAAAAAAAAAAACAAA